GCUGUUUUUUUGUUUUGAAAUUUGUUUUUGUUUUUACAGAAGUUAUUACGUUAAUCUGAUAUAAAUUAGAAUAUAGCGUUGCAUAUUGGCUGUAGUUUGUUUUUAUUACAGUAAACUAGAAGCUAAAGGAUUGUCUUUGGGACAACAUCCAUUCGCUAAAAAUGGGAACCCGCAAAAAGGGACUGGAGUUCGUCAAACACAUCACGGAGAUCAUCACAAAAUCCACGGGCUUUGAAAGUCACAUGCAGAAGGUCAAGAUUUUGGAUGGCGGUGAUGGAGUCUGUACUGCUGAGCUGAAAGUGGAACGGGAACAUGCAAACAUGUAUUAUUUUUUGCACGGAGGCUAUAUCAUGACCCUGGUGGACAUGGUAACCACCUACGCCUUGAUGUCCAAACCCUGUCAUCCCGGAGUUUCCGUGGAUCUUAGUGUAAACUUUUUGAAUGGCGCCAAAGUGGGUGACGAAGUGGUAAUUGAGGCUAAUCUUACCAAGGUGGGAAAGUAUCUGGCCUUCAUCGACUGCACGCUGAAGCACAAAAAGGAUGACACACUAAUAGCCAAGGGAACCCAUCUGAAAUACAUCAAGUUUGACUAGAGCAAAGAGGUUCAAAAUAAACUUUAAAAUAUUUCAAAGUGAUAAGAAAAACCAAUAUAUAACAAAUAUAUAAUGGAAACAAAAAGCUUGCCGUGGGUAGUGCCUAUAGAUUUUUCCAAAUCGAUUCGACAAACCCAAAAAUAUUUCACUUUUGUAUGGGAUAUUAAUGUGCUUUAUUUUAUUACAUGUGUAGCAGUACAUUGUUAGUUAAUUGUCAAUUAAACAUGCUCAUUGCGCAA